AUGGCCAAUUCAUCUCUCCCAGCAGCACCCGUCUCCAAGGCUCAAGUAGCCAAAGACUGGGCUCGAAUCAUGCAGGGCGACGACAGCGAAGACGAGAGCGACGAGGAUCCAUACAAACAACAGCAUCCACGCCACAGCAGCAACAGUAACCUUUCCACGCCUACCAAACGGAAACCGUAUCGUCGUACCAAACGUCCCAAGAACUACAAUGACAAGUCCACCAUCACCACAGCCACGCCGAUUGCCAAGCAAGAGAAAUCCAAUGUCUUUGACACGGUAUUGGGAGAAGCCGAAGAUUUGUUGCGUGCCGCCACCGAUGCACAGUCGCUAGGGCGAUUGAAAAUGGCAUCCAACUAUCUACUGCUGUUGCACACUCGAUUGGUCGGGCUGGGAAAGAAAUUUGAUCGUUCCAAAGUCGCUACGUUUCAUGAGGAAGGAUUGACACCCAAAAAGUUGGACAUGUCAUCGCCCAAGAGAAAGAAGAAGGAUCAGGAUGAUGACGAUAGUGAUGCGGAAGAACAAUUAGCUACUAUUGGUGAGAAUGAUGAUGAUGAGGAGGAGAGUGGAGACGAGGGAGACCUGUCAACACCGCGAAAGAAGAAACCCAAAGUGCCACCCAACAAUGUCAUAUCAGAGGCGGCACUCAAUCAACUCACAAACUUUCUUCCAGAAAACAUUGAAAUGGAUCAAGCCAUGGUGGAACACUUGGCAAGGGCGGCUGCGGAACUGCAUCAAAAACGCACGGGAAAGAAAAACACGGACGAAGGAUUACUCAAUUCACCUGCCAUCAACACGGAAGAAGUCUUUCAUUACAAUCGUGAACCCGACCAAAUUGGAAGCUCCCCUGCCCCAGGCGGUCCUUCGCCGGCCAAACGCAAACUUCCUACUACGACAGCAACAGCAACAACCGCUCCUUGGACGCAGGACGAACGGGAACGAUUCCAAGCCGCCUUUCGUUGUACACCAGACCCCACCAAGAUUGCACAACUCAUGGGAACUCGAGACGAAUCUCAAGUAUUGGCGUACAUGAGCGAUCCUGCCGUCAUGCUUAUGGCGCAACAGGAAAAGGUGGAGGAAAAGGAAGCAGCCGAUACACCCCGCAAAAAGGGUGGCCGAGGUCGCAAACCACCGACCACGGCCAUGAAUACCGUCCCCAAUGCCAAUGUGGAUGCCAAGGACUUGCUCAAGGGGGUCUCGUUUGGAUUUUAG